AUGUUUGGACAAUUACCCUCCACGUUGCAAAAUUCUGGUGAUUUAGUUAUGCUUGAUCUUAGUGGAAAUCAUUUUAGUGGAAGUGUACUGGCAUGGAUUGGUGAUAAGCUCUCAAGCCUUGUGAUUCUAAGCCUUCGAUCAAAUAACUUUGAUGGUCAUAUUCCUCAUAAAAUUUGUGAUCUUCAAUUUCUUCAAAACUUGGACCUUGGCCACAACAACAUUUCUGAAGUUAUUCCAAAAUGUUUCAGGAAUCUCCUAACAGGAAAUAUACCAGACAACAUUGGCAACAUGGAGUUGAUGGAAUCUCUUGAUUUGUCCAUGAAUCGACUAAAUGGUGAAAUCCCUCCAAGUUUCUCCAAUUUGAAUUUCUUGAAUCACUUCAAUGUGUCCUACAACAACUUGACAGGACAAAUUCCAAUAAGCACUCAGCUUUAA